AUGAAAAAGGAAACUGUAAGAUCGUCUCUCUCACUCACAAGGGCGAUGGAAUUCUGGAGGGGCAAGGCGAGAAAGUUGUUUUUAAAAAAUGGAAGUAUGUUUCUUGAGCAACUUAUAGCCGACUGUAACGGCAUGUCAAACCCUAUCAGAAUGUUCUCUUCCUAUCAAAUCUCCAAAGCCAUCAAUAACUUCGAUCCCAAGUAUUCUCUCCCUGAUAUUCCAUCACCCUUACGCUGGUACAAGGAAGUCAUCGAAGGCAGAUCUUACGUGAUCAAGAGAUUAACAAGGCAAGUGGGUGAAGAGAGUGCUUACAACGAUAUUGUGUUAUCUGCUCGGGUAAGUAACCACAUUGGUUUCCUCAAACUCAUGGGAUGCUGUCUCGAAUUUCUUCAUCCGGUGUUGGUAUUUGAAGACCUAGAAUAUAGAUCUUUGAACACUCGAGGAAGUGUUGGUAGCUUGGAGACGCCGGUGUUGCCGUGGAAUGUACGUUUGAAGAUUGCCAAAGAGGUUGCGGUUGCUAUAACUUAUCUUCACACUGCUUUCCCUAGAAUCAUUGUCCACAGAGAUAUUAAGGCAACUAAUGUUUUGUUGGAAAAGAAUGGGAGGGCUAAGCUCACUGGUUUCUCGCUUGCCGUUACACUCCCUGAGGGUAAGACGUGGAUUCAAGAUAGAUUGGCUGGAACUUUCGGAUACAUAGAUCCUAUUUAUCACUUGACGAAAAUAGUGUCAGAAUACACAGAUGUGUACAGUUUUGGAAUCUUUAUGCUGGUUCUUCUGAUGGGACGACCACAACUUCUAUCAGAUGGGCACUCAGUUUUUGGUACUAGUAUUCUUAAACAUGUGAAGGAUCUUCUGGAGAGAGGAGAACCUGUUGAGUUCGGGGGUGGUUCGAACGACAUGAGGCCUGGUCAGAUGAGAAUGUGUCUCGACCUGGCACUUGGAUGCUGUGAGGAGAGGAAUGAAGACAGGCCGAAGAUGAUCUUGGUGGCAAAAGAGAUUAAGCUAAUAGAACAAGCAUCAAUUUGAGAUUAUGCUCAUACCUAAUCAGUUUACUUCACAGGAUCUGAAGCCUAUCCAGUAGGUAUUCUUGAAUAUGUGAAAGGCUUAUAUGAGAAUAAGAAGCUCAAAGAAGUGAUUUGCUCUAUGAUGAUGAGAUACAGUACAAGUGCUCAAAUAUUUCAGGUGGAAGCUUUUGUUUUUACUUGAACUGAGAUGCUGUUAGGAGA